CCCUGAUUAGUUAAUUUGGUUCCACCUGUGUUUAUUAAUUAUCUCAUUUGUCUGUUAGUACUUAAGUCCUGUGUUCUCCCCUGGUUCUUUGUCUGCUAUUUGUUGUUGUUAUGUCGAUGUGUGCUACCCUUUACUCUUGGAUUAUUUCUGUGGAUUUCUCAUUAAAGACUUUAUUUGGAUUUUUCCCACGUUGUGCGCUUUUAAUAGCACCCUACCGUAACAGAAUAGCAGACCCUCAAAGUGAGUAAUUCUAGCUGCGUUUUUCUUUCUUUUUUGUUUUGUUUCUCCCCUCUCCCGGAAUGGAUAUCCCAGCCAUUCAACUCCUGUGCCUGGAGCAACAGGACCGUUCGCUGGAGGACCAUACCAGGGACUUUGUAGAUCUGGUGUGCCUUACACACUUCCUUGACCACUCGCUCAGCGUAUUCUAUCACACCAGCCUUAGCGAGCGGUGUAAGACAUGCCUGCCAGCGAACGGUCCCAAGGAGGAUUUCGCCGCUUUUGUGGAGUGGGUAUUGGAGAUAAAUGGACUGUAGAUAAAAGACCUCUCCAGACCCACUCACGAAUCAGAGACCAGUCAGUUGUCAUCCUGCUGCACGGAGCUAUUGCCUGAGCCCGCCGCGACACGAGAGCCAGUGUGCAAAGUCAUGACUGGGCUGAUCAUCGCCCCGGAGCAUGAGCCUCAAGCAUCGUCUGACCAAGUGCGUGAGCCGGCAACAUCAUCCGUUUCCGAGGGAGUUUUGGUGGAGAUCGAGGGCUUGGAGGGAAGCCCUGCCCACACUCCCCGACUGAGGGUGAGCUGCAUCUGGUUUCUGGAAAAUAUUUAGGGGAACUAAUGGACAUUUUCCAAAUGGACUUAAUAGACUGGUUUGGGGAGGUAAUACCCAGUUCUCCAGUGUCUCCGCUGGUUCUGCCCAGCCCUGCGUCUCCGCUGGUUCCGCCCAGCUCCUGUUCUCCUGUGUUCCCUCCCAGUCUCCCUCUCCCGCCUCCUCUUAUACCAGUCAGUUCCUCAGCCCCAUCUCCGCUGGUGCCUGUCAGUCCCUCAGCUCACCCUCAGUCAGCGCCAUCUGGGCACUCUGAUCCACCUCGGGACUUCCAGUCUCCAGCUUCACCUUGGCAUGAGGAUCCCCUGUCAUCCGCCCCCAGCCUCCGAGUCCUGGACUCCACCUCGAUCCUUCGACCCAUCGGCUACGCCUUGGCUCCUAGCUCCCUCGUCUCCACUGUGGCCCGUAAUCCCACCAGCUCCACCGGGCUCCCUCGUCCCUCAGGAUCCGCCUUGGUCAGUUGUCGACCAUCCGCCGCCUCGGGACUCCACUCCUCUGGCUUUGCCUCGUCACUCCGUGCCUGUGGCUCUGUCAGGCUCCUCCUUCCCUCCGGCUUCGCCUCCAUUCUCAAUUGCUCCGCUGCGGUCUUCCAGAGCCCCGCCUCGGUUGCCUGGGCCUUCAGCUCCGCCGUGGCCCUCCAGAUCCUCUGUGUCGCCCUGGCUCUCCGUCUGCUCGGCUCCAUCCUGGGCUCCUCUUCUACCAGCUCAGUCUCCGUCAGUCCGCCCCCUGGUGUUGUCGGCCCUAUCUCCACCAUGGCUCCUCCUGCCGUUGACUCCACCGUGGGCCGCUAUCCUGGCUGGCCUCUGGAGCUCCAUCUGGCUCCGGGCUCCUACCUCCAUCCACUCCGCCCUGGCCUCAUGAACUAUGCCCCUUUCCCAUUGCCUGCCCCUCACCUGCCCCAUGCCCACCUCCUGAACCCCCACUCUCCCUCCUCUGUUGGACUGCUUUUGUCGGCGCGAGGACACGCUGUUCUGGGAGGGGGCGAACUGUUAUGGACUUUUGUUUGUGUUCCUGUUCUCUUGCCUUAGUCUUCCUUUGACCUAGUUUUCCUGAGUUGCCCUGAUUAGUUAAUUUGGUUCCACAUGUGUUUAUUAAUUAUCUCAUUUGUCUGUUAGUACUUAAAGGUCCCCUGAAAUG